AUGUUCUCCGGCCGCGUUGCUUCGGGCCUGGGUGGCGUUUCCCUACACCCCAAGGCCAGGGCGCGGGUGCCUGUGGGCUGCAGGGCGGCUGGCGGCGGAGGGGAGGAGCCAUGGGAGGGCGUCGGGUCGCCUGGCCCUUCGCGGGGCUUCGGAAUGGACGCCAUCGGUGCCGAGUACGGGGAGGGUUUUGUGAACUGCAUGUCCAGGGGAUGGGUUGAAAAGAUGGACGUUGACACCAUCAACUUGAAGCUGCGAACACGAGGUGCGCAGCGCUUGCGCCACGCAAUGAAGCCGGACGAGGCCGUAGGGGCAGUGUUUGCUUUUGAAGGCGUGGUUGCAGACACUCGCACUCUGCAGGCAAGAUCCUGGCGCAUAGUGGCAGAAGAAGAGGGGUUGCCGAUCCAAGACAUUCCACGGCCGCAAAUGCUCGACUUGCCUCCGGCAAGGGCUAUCACAGAGGUCUUGCUCUGGACCUCAGACUGGCAACGUGCCAGGCACCUUGCUUGGCGGGUGGCAGAGGUGUACAGUCAUCUUUUCUCAGAGAUUGCACAAGCCCACCCAGGAGUGCACGAAUGGUUGGCUGCGCUGGCUAGAAGCCGAGUUCCUUGUGCUGUGGUUUCAAGCAUGGACAGAAAGAUAUUGAGGGCUGUCUUGGACAGAUUGGGCCUCAGAGAAGCGUUUUGUGUGGAUGUAUCCCAUGAGGAUGGGAUGGAGACCAUUGCACAAAGAUAUUUGUCAGCGGCAAUGAAGCUGAAUCGACCACCAAAUAAUUGCGUGGCUUUCAGCAAUGCUCCUGAGGGCAUUGCCGCUGCACACAAUUGUACAAUGAAGGCUGUGGCGGUGCAAGGGAAGCAUCGCUGCUAUGAGCUCAGGCAAGCAGACCUCACAUGCUCCUCCCUGGCCGAUCUGUCUGUAUACAACUUGAGGAGGUUGUUUGCCAAUCGGGGAUCUGAAUUCAUGGCCCAUCAGCGAGAAGGCAGUGUGAGCAGCGAGGAUGGCAAAGAAGUGUCGACGCCUCAGAUAAAUAUUGCUGCUAAAACGUUGUGA